CGGAAAUUGCAGCAUGGAGGACAUAAGUGUCACAGUCACCGGUUCAACUACGACAAGUACGAACACAGUCCACCCUAGUGUAAACGAUAUGGACUGGUUCGCCGGUGUCGCCGAGGAAGAUUUAUUGUAUUAUACCGGUGUCGGUAACGACGUCGACUCCUUGUGGGCUGUUAUUGGGAGUUUUGUACCGCCGCCACCUAGACCACCUUAUCUACCCGAAGAGAGUAUCGCCACCGAUGGGCUUACCACCUGCGAUUUGUGUUCGUGGGCAUGGAGAAACGAUAGGCAUUCUUUUUCUUUGGACGGCACUCUUGAAGCUCCUGGAGAACUUGGAUGGGUGCUGACUCUUGUGAUAGUGUCUUUAGUAUCAGCCGGUAUCGGUGCAGUAGUGAUGAUGACUCUUUUACAUUGUCGAAGGAUAAAAAGUGCUGGUGGCAGAGCGAGUUGCUGCGGGGUCGGCGUGGAGGAUUCCAGCGUGCCCGAUACCGGCGGGCCCACGGGGGCGAGUGGUACCGGCGGCGGGGUGGCCGUCAUACCCGAUCGGCCGCCUCUCGAAUUAGACAAAUUACCGCCUUAUCACGACGUAGCGCCUAGUCCCGGACACAACGUGUGGUCAUGGCUGGGUUCUCGACGAGGCGGUGGCACCCCAGGAGUCGUCACGACGCCGCUCUCCCUUCCUCAGCACCGACGGGCGAUAAAUCUCCCAGUCGAGAAUCACUACACCCACAUGCAAACCGACGAGGCUCUAUACGCGGAACUGGACUCGCAAGCCGCGAGCUACGCGAGCGAUUUACAGUUACAAAUGAGAGGAAGCUCGAUGUACGGUACGACUUCCGGCGGCCAGGACGACGAAUAUCAUGAACUGGACGCUGCCAGAUUACAUCGUCAUUAUGGAGGCAGCGACGGAUCGUUACAGACAGAUACACUUCGUACUCGGCACAGUAAAAGGAUACAAGAGCCAGACUACGAGAUGUACGAGAAUGGACCGUCGACGCCGGUGCCACCGGGUCAACAUCAACAUCAUCAUCGCCAUCAUCAUCACCACAACCAUCACCAUCAUCACCAAGAACUGAGGAUCGGUAGCAGAAACAGCGAGCAUCCGUCGUACCAGAACACGGCGUAUACCGGAAGCGACGUCGAACCGGAUGGGCCAAUGCUGAGCAGUGCUCCUAGCAGUGCCUAUUACAGCGAUCUCAGCUCGAAUUCGGCGAAUCAGCAAAUGCCGACAGCGACAGUACCAUCUACAACGGCGACGGCGACGACCACGAUAACAACGACAACAAACUUGCACUUAAAUCCACAGAAUCUGGACAUGCCGCAGUAUAGACUAGCGGCAAUCAACGAGAACACAGUGCCUUCGGAUUAUAUUUAA